UUGAGAGGAUCUGCAGAAAAUAAUGAUAGAAACUCCCUAAAUACAGUGUGGACCAUGCCUAUACAAUCCUUCUCCUUUCCUUUGCCUGAGACAAGGUUCUUCCAGGCUGGACAACAUGUCUACAAGUUCAAGAUCAGGGGAGGCAAUAACUGCAGUGAAGUGAAGGUGAUGGGAGAAGAGUUUGUCAAUCGGGAGUUGGAGAAUGCCAUCAGAGCGGUGCUAGCCAACCUGGACCUUCUCCAGCCGUUCACUACCACACACUUCACCGUCUACCCUUACAAGAGUAAGUGGAAGAGAGUGUCCAAGUUUAAAUUUGAGAAGAUGUCAGGAGAGAAGCUGUCUGCUUACCCCUUCCUAGUGACUGUGUACCUAGAGAACAACACACACACUGAAAUGUGUGUGGAAGAGUGCUGGACACCAGUGAGAGCAGGAGGCGUCCCUCUCCUUCCUGCCAGUAGUCAUGAGUGCCUGGCCAAGCGCAGGAAGACAGGACCACCACACUGGGGCACCCUAACACCACAACAAAGAGACUGUCUCAUCAUGCAGGGACCACAGUCACACAUACAUCAUGAACUUCUCAGACCAGGGGAAACAGAGGCAAAGAAUGGUGAUGGCAAGGCAGACUGUGUGGUAUCAGAUAGCCAGACCUCACAGAGUACAGUCGGGGGUUCUGUGACCGGUGGCAGUGAGACCAUGGAUGUCAGUGGGGGUCACGGAGAGGAAGAGGUGCAUCCUGGAGCGGUAGAGGAGGGCGACCCGGAGGACCCUGACCUGGAGCCCAAGUCUCAUGUGAGGCCAGGUUUGCUGGCCCGCCUCGUCAGUCAGGUGUUUCCAUUCUCCAUGUUCUUCAGAGAGAGCUAAGACGUCUGCUCAGGAACAACGGCUUCUGUAAUCUUCUAGAACCUCUGUUGUUAAAGUUCUGUUUUAGUUUCAGUCUGCGUCCCAAAUGGUAACCUAUUCCGUGUAUAGUGCCCUACUUAUAAUGAUUGAUGUUAGUUCAUAGUGGAAGGUUUUUGAGUUUGGUUUUGAUACCUUUUGUAAUAAAUGAUGUGAUUCUAAC